AUGGAGAGAGAAAAGAUACAGUUCCGUAAACUCUUUAUUGGUGGCUUAAGUUUUGAAACCACAGAGGACAGUUUAAGAAACUACUACAGGCAAUGGGGAAAACUCACAGAUUGUGUGGUUAUGAGGGAUUCUGCAAGCAAAAGAUCAAGAGGAUUUGGUUUUGUAACUUUCUCAUCCAUGGCUGAGGUUGAUGCUGCCAUGGCUGCAAGACCUCAUUCCAUUGAUGGGAGAGUGGUUGAGCCAAAACGAGCUGUAGCAAGAGAGGAAUCUGGAAAACCAGGGGCUCGUGUGACUGUGAAGAAGCUGUUUGUUGGCGGAAUUAAAGGAGAUACCGAGGAACACCACCUUAGAGAUUACUUUGCAGGAUAUGGAAAAAUUGACACCAUUGAGAUAAUUACGGAUAGGCAGUCUGGAAAGAAGAGAGGCUUUGGUUUUGUGACUUUUGACGACCAUGAUCCUGUGGACAAAAUUGUAUUGCAAAAAUACCACACCAUCAAUGGUCAUAAUGCAGAAGUGAGAAAGGCUUUGUCUAGACAAGAAAUGCAGAAAGUUCAAAGUUCCAGGAGUGGAAGAGGAGGCAACUUCAGAGGAAGAUCUGAUGGAUAUGGAAGCAGACGUGGAUUUGGGGAUGGCUCUAAUGGAUAUGGAAGAGGAGCUGGACGUGGCAAUUUUAGAGGUAGUCCUGGUUAUGGAGGAGGAAGAGGAGGCUAUGGUGGUAGAGGACGUGGAUAUGGAAACCGGGGUGGGGGCUAUGGAGGUGGUUAUGACAAGUAUGGAGGAGGAAAUUAUGGAAGUGGAAGUUAUAAUGAUUUUGGAAAUUAUAACCAGCAACCUUCUAAAUAUAGGCUAAUGAAGAGCGGAAACUUGGGUAGCAGGAACAUGGCGCRACCACGUGGUCGAGGAAAUUAUGGUCCUGGAGGAAGUGAGGGUUAUGAUGGGAGGAACCGAUUCUGA